AUGCUAAACAGGUUUGCAAUUCCUUAUUAUCCUUAUGAUUGGGUUAAAUGGGCCCCAAGAAAAGUCAAUAUCUUCGGAUGGCGUGGAGAGCAAGAUCGGUUAUCUACAAUGGUCGGUUUAAAGAAGAGAGGAAUGUUACCUAAUUCUUCAGUUUGUAAAUUAUGUGGGGAAAGAGAAGAAGACGCGGAUCACUUAUUCAUCGGGUGUUACGUGGCAGCGGUAUUGUGGCAAAAAGUGAGCAGCUGGUGCAAUAUUCAGCAGAUCUAUGCCCAUUCCAUGAAAGAUUUGUUGAGUUUCUACAAAACUACACAGCUGGAUGAACAUAAGAGGAACUACGUACAGACGAUAAUAUUAGCAACUUGUUGGGGAAUCUGGAAAGCAAGAAAUGAUGUAAUAUUUAAAGGGAAACACGUGAAUAUCGAUGGGAUCUUUGGGGAAAUGCAGGCAACUACCUUUCUAUGGAUAAAAAACAGAGCAAAGAGAACAAAUUUGGUGUGGAGGAGCUGGGUGAAGUUUGAUAUAACAAAUUAG